UGGAGGGAUGUAAAGAUGGCGGAGCUGCAGAUGCUGCUGGAGGAGGAAAUUCCAGCGGGUCGCAGAGCGUUACUGGAUAGUUAUACAAACCUCGAAAGAGUCGCCGAAUACUGUGAAAGUAACUACGUGCAGUCUCAAGAUAAACAUAUCGCUCUAGAGGAAACCAAGAACUACACAACUCAGUCCCUGGCCAGCGUGGCCUACCUGAUCAACACACUCGCCAACAAUGUGCUCCAAAUGCUCGAUAUUCAGGCAUCCCAGCUACGCCGCAUGGAGUCCUCCAUCAACCACAUCUCUCAGACAGUGGACAUCCAUAAAGAAAAAGUGGCAAGGCGGGAGAUCGGUAUCCUGACAACCAAUAAGAACACCUCCCGCACCCAUAAAAUCAUAGCUCCUGCCAAUCCAGAGAGGCCGGUGCGGUACAUUCGAAAAUCUAUCGACUACAGUGUCAUGGAUGAUAUUGGCCAUGGUGUGAAGUGGUUGCUUAGGUUCAAGGUCAGCACCCAGAACAUGAAGAUGGGUGGCCUUCCUCGCACCACACCGCCCACACAGAAACCACCCAGCCCCCCAAUGCCAAGCAAGGGCACCAUAGGGAGGCACUCCCCCUACAGAACACUUGAACCCGUGCGUCCUCCUGUGGUUCCUAAUGAUUAUGUCCAAAGCCCUCUGCGCAAUAUGGCGCCCAUGCAGCUGCCAAGUCCUGUGCACACUGCGUCAGUUAAUCAGAGGAAUCGUACUUACAGCAGUGGGAGCAGUGGCAGCAGUCACCCCAGCAGCAGUCACAGUAGCAGUCGGGAAAACAGCGGCAGUGGCACUGUAGGCAUUCCCAUCGCUGUGCCCACACCCUCUCCACCCAGCGCCUUCCCAGAACAGCUUGGACAACUUGAGGCUGCUGGUGCUGGUCUUUCCAGCACACCCUCAGCUCCAACUAACUCCACUGAGCCCUCUGUCACUUCCUCUAGUUUAACCCCCACCCAACCCUCACUCAGCCCCACUGCAGUCCCUGAGUCUCUCCUCAAUCACCCUGACACCACUGAAAUCUCUCUGGCCCCAGCUGAGGGCCCUCCACCCCUCACUUCAGAUGCAGCUAGUGCUAUAUCCAACACCAACCCUGAAACAGGCGGUCCUCAGUUCUACAGCAUGAACAGGCCCAUCCCAAGACAGAUCACACCCAUAGUGGGCGGGUCUCUACCGUAUCGCCGGCCUCCUUCAAUCAUGGGCCAGACUUCCAUGCCUCCAAGCCAGCAGAACGGAGGACUUUAUUACAAUCAGAACCAAGUCGCCCCCCCUCCCCCUUCCAUUCUGCAGAUCACACCUCAGCUUCCACUGACGGGUUUUGUGGCUCGUGUACAGGAAACCAUUUCAGAUGCACCUCCCCCACCUCCCCCUGCAGAAGAGUCUGUGUUUGAGGAGACUGCACAGCAUCCUCCUCCUCCUGCUGAGGACUAUGAGGAAGAGGAGUCUGCCGUGGUGGAGUACAGUGACCCGUAUGCUGAAGAAGACCCACCCUGGGCUCCUCAAACCUACCUUGAAAAAGUGGUGGCAAUCUACGAUUACACGCGAGACAAGGAAGAUGAGUUGUCUUUCCAGGAAGGGGCCAUCAUAUACGUCAUUAAGAAGAAUGAUGAUGGCUGGUAUGAAGGCAUGAUGAAUGGCACUACAGGACUCUUCCCUGGAAACUACGUUGAGUCCAUUAUGCACUACACAGAAUGAGAGUGUCCUCUGCUCUAACCCCCUGAACAUCAGCGCUAAUCUUGCCAUGCAUAAGAGUGUAUGCAUAAUGGCAACCAUGCUAAUAACAGACCGUGUUCAGAGAUGAGUGGUGCUGUCAUGAAGCUGAACAUUCAGACUAUAAAGACUGAGGGCUUUACACUAAGGAUAUUGAGAAAAUAUAUAGUACUAGAUAAAGUAUGUGUAUAUAUAUAUAUAUAUAUAU